UUUCUCUUAAUUCCCCACAGAUUACACCAUGUUCCUCCUCCUCCUCCUAUUUGUUUCCAGUCCAUGCAUGUUCAUCUUUGUCUGCGGCUGUGCGUGGUAAAGUGAUUUUCAAGAACAGCGGUUGAUUUUUAGGUGUCGGUAGAUCUACUACUGAAUUCGCAGUACAGGACCUGUAGUUGGGUGGAUUAACUUUUCUGGCUGUGUGUAUGUUGAUCUGAAACAUUUGGGACUUGGACUUUCUGCCCUGUUUCUAGCAGGAAACAGAGUUCCUAAUCUUCGAAGAUUAUUGUCUAGAGAUAAUUAGUCGGUACGCGGUAGUAUCAUCUCUUUAGUCUAUGUGGAGAAGAAGAUAUCUUUAAGAAUUCAGAUAUUGUACAUGUUCAUGUAACUGAUCUUCAGUUUUUUCUGUGACAUUUAUAUAUAUAUAGAGAGAGAGAGAAGGAAUGAUUCUCUCUUUUUUAGGGGUCAACAUAUAGUCUUUGUAUGCAGCUAGCUAGUGGGCCAGACAUUGCAUUUGUUUAUUUCAGAGAAAGACAAUACAUUUAUUAUCCGAAGUCACGUUACCGCUUGAUGUGCCCUCAGCGGGCGGUUUGGUCAAUGUAUUUUGGUUUCUUGUAACAAGUGCUGUUCUGGACAUAUCAAAUUGUGUGCUUUUCCACUAGCUGCUGCUUGGUAGAAUUGGCGGGCGACAAGUGUCGGCAUAGCCCUUAAUCAAGUGAAAGAAUUGAAAGGCAUGCCUGUCAUCAACUGGAAAAUGUUUAUGUAAUCACAGUAGGGAAAGAACCUCCACGAUGGCAAUCUCUUUGCAUAAUGGACAACUCAACAAGACAAAUAAUAAUCCAUUAAGUCCUGGCUCACCGUAUGGAUGGAAAAACCGCAAGUGGACCUCCUUUGCUGCCUGUCAUUUGCAAGUCAUUUGAAAUCGAAUAUACUUUUCACUAGCAGACUAGAAGUUUCCUCAUUUGUUUUGCACACUUGUCCUGAUUCAAGUUUCAACUUUAGCAUCACGCAUGCCGACAGUGUCUGCUAACCUUUUCUUUUUUACUUCCUUGGAGACUUCUUGGCCCGUGAUGCAGACCUCACAUAUAUCCUCUUAGUCUACCGAGAGCUUAGUAAUGGAUGUGGAUGUUUCUUUUUCGAGAAGGCGGGGUGGAUGAAAGGUCCCCGAAGUGUGUGUACUGUCAACAUUUCUGCCUAAUUAGGUUCUAUUACAGAUGCACCUACAAGAAUGACAUGAAGUGCCCUGCCACAAAGCAGGUCCAGCAAAAGGACACCAGCGACCCGCCGCUGUUCUCGGUCACCUACUUCAACCAUCACACCUGCAACACCACCUCGAGGCCCAUCGGCAGCGCCCCAGACACCAUGGAGCAGCCCUCCUCGAGGAAGGCGGUGUCAAUCUGCUUCGGCUCAAGUGCCGCCACCGAGCAGCUGCCCGCAUUCCUGACCCCGCCAUCGACUGCAGCGUUGCAUUCACCGGCAAGCAGAGGGAACGACCCGCAGGACAGAGGCACCUACGCUCCCCAGUUUCAGUGGGCAGAUGCAUCGUCCUCAUUGUCAACAGGCAACGCUCCGGUCAAGAUGGAGGCCGACGAUCACGCUGGAGGAGCAGGCUCUUCGUCUUCGUCGAUCACGGGUGGCGGUGGUGCUCUGUCCAGGACGCUGCUCCCGAUCGGCCAGUCGAGAUGCAUCGAGUACUUCCAGUUCUUGUGAUUAGGGAGAAGACGCACAAAGUUGGACUAGCGCACAUUGGGUGUAGUAGCAGCUCCUUGGUUCUUUUGUUUCAGGCUGGAGUUUAAAUACUGGGACAUGAAAUUCUGAUAGUACUGCUGCUUCUUAGUACUGCCGCCAUGGUUCUUCUUCUGCUUCUUUGCAUUCGGAUUCGAGCCGCAUUUCUGUGCUGGGGCGAUGCAAGGGUUGAGUUGGAUCAAAGUUUACUGUUCACCUAGUGUACAUCAUCACACCUUACAAAAAGGUUAAGGUGGUAACGUCUGAA